CUUUGGUCGAGGAGGCCUGAGGGACGGACGGGCCAGCUUGGUGCACCAGGAGGCCGAGCCCAGUGGCCCCGAGAGAGUGAGGGCAAUGGAGACCAACGUGCCGAAGCGGAAGGAGCCUGGAAAAUCCCUCCGCAUCAAAGUCAUCUCCAUGGGCAACGCCGAAGUGGGGAAAAGCUGUAUUAUAAAGCGGUACUGUGAGAAAAGAUUUGUGUCCAAAUACCUUGCAACAAUUGGAAUUGACUACGGAGUCACAAAAGUGCAAGUCAGAGACAGAGAAAUCAAAGUCAACAUCUUUGAUAUGGCUGGCCAUCCCUUCUUCUAUGAGGUCCGCAAUGAAUUCUACAAGGACACGCAGGGCGUGAUACUGGUCUAUGAUGUUGGGCAGAAAGACUCAUUCGAUGCUCUUGAUGCAUGGCUGGCAGAAAUGAAGCAGGAGCUUGGGCCUCAUGGAAACAUGGACAAUAUUAUAUUUGUGGUGUGUGCCAACAAGAUCGACUGCACCAAGCACCGCAGUGUAGAUGAAAGCGAAGGGCGUCUCUGGGCCGAAAGUAAAGGCUUCCUGUAUUUUGAAACUUCAGCACAAACUGGAGAAGGCAUCAACGAGAUGUUCCAGACAUUUUAUGUAUCCAUAGUUGACUUAUGUGAAAAUGGUGGGAAGCGUCCAACCCCAAACAUCAGUGCUAGUUUCACCAAAGAACAAGCAGACACAAUCCGCAGAAUCCGCAGCAGCAAGGACAGCUGGGACAUGCUGGGAGUCAAACCCGGGGCGUCAAGGGAAGAAGUCAAUAAGGCCUACCGGAAGCUUGCUGUGCUGCUCCACCCUGACAAAUGCAUGGCACCGGGGAGUGAAGAUGCCUUCAAAGCGGUGGUGAAUGCCCGGACAGCUCUUCUGAAAAACAUCAAGUAGGAGACUGAGGAAGACAGUGCUUAGUGCACCUCCAGGUGAAAAGCCCGCAUGGAGUUUUCCUUCACGAAAUCUCGCUGCUCUGUUCUCUCAUGUGCCGUCAUUUGUAGCUCAGUAAUGCAGGUGCCUUUUACCAUCUUGCAGGCAUUUACAACAAGAGGACCUGCCUUUGCGUGAGGCG